AUGCCGAGUGCUUGGAGCACGCACGUGACGAAAGAGGGUCGGACGUACUACUACAACCGCAGCACGAAGCAGAGCGCAUGGGAGAAACCGGAGAGCGCCGAUGAAGAAGAGACUGGCGCUUCUGCUGCAGCUGCGGUGACAUCGUCGACAGCUUCAGUAGCUGCUGGCGAGUGGGAGGAGCUCUGGGACCCCAAGAACGCGCGUGCGUACUACUACAAUCGCACGAUCCGGAAGACACAGUGGCAGCGGCCAGAAGGUGUGAAGAUCAAGUCGUAUACAGCAGCUGCUGCAGUGAAAGAGAAGCGGCAUGAGAAACACCGCACUCACAAGAGCAAGAAGAACGACAGCGAGGUCGCAGGUGCUCAAACGGACAACGGGAUGAUCGAUAGCAAGACGUUGCUAAUAGAUGCAGAAGAGAACGCCACUACGAGCGGAGGCCGGACGAAUCCGGGGCACAGUGUGGACGCUGGUAAGAGUGUCGAGGCGACACCGCACUUGAAAAAGAGAAAGAGAAAGUCCAAGCGAGAAAAAGUAGAGCCAGUGGCUGUUGAAGGUCAACAGAGCCGACGUCGACAGCUCGAGGAGCGGCUUAUUAUUUGUGAUGACGAAGAGGUGGAUACUGAUCGGGUCAACGACAUUGAGGAAAAGGAUACGGAAGAUGGCAAGGAAGCUACGAGAUUGCUGCAGGAGCUGUCCAAGACAGAUGCUAUAAUGGAAGUCAACGUGCUGUCGGUGAUCAACAGCUUUUUAAGAGCUCAUACAGAGUCGAAUGGACCUGAGAUUUUAGUGGAAAAGCUAUCGUCGUCGUACCGGGGUCAUGCGCAGAUGAUCGGGCUCGUGGCGUCCUGGUUGGACACGCUGCCUGUUCCGACGACAGCGCUAGAGAACAAGAUGACGUUCGAUGUUAAUGAAGGGGCAGUAGUUGCGCAUAGGGGUGCAUCAUGGGAUCCAGCCGAGGAGAUCUUGUACAGUCACUUGAAAGACGUGAUGAACGAGAAUUACGACCCGAAGCUCGUGUCAAACGUGCUAAGUGGGUCAGUAGUCGAACCCGAGUGGUUGACGCAGAUGCUGAACGAUCGCAAGUGGAGGCUGAUGCUCAUUGAACUAGCGGAAACACACAAGACUUGUACCUUACUGCAGUAUGCAAUUCGACGAAUUUCGGAAGCAGGCCAUCACAAAGAAAUCGCGUCAAUUACGAGUGCGAACGCAUUUUUUCCAGUGUUUAGCGGCGUGCUAGUGGAUGCGCUCAGUCGGAUUCCAUUUGCCGACGAAGAGGAGGUGGCGGAAGAUAUCGCUGCCCUAAAUAAGAUUUGCUGCCAGUCUUCGCACUCGUAUGUUUACGCUCAGGAGCUUCUGUGCUCUAUGGAUGACAAGCUGUUUUCAAUACAGAAGGGUGUCAAUGCUGAGAGUCCAGAGUACUCACGUAUUCGUGUGGUGCGCUUCAAGCUAAAUCGUGUGCGUACUGAGCUUCAAAAGACUGCGAAUAGCAGGUUUGGAGAAAAAAGUGUUCCGUUCCACAUCUUGCGCCGUCGAUACAUUUACGAGGCAAACCCAAAGUUUUGUGACGCGAUCUUGUCGAUCAUCAAGACGAAGAAAUGCUCGGAACUGAGUGCAGAGGCUCUGGUAAAGGAGUACCAGACGUCCGAUACUCCGCCUCCGGUUGCCCAUCUUCGAGACCCUAUGGUUCUAUCAAGUUUGCUUGAUCGACUGUUCAACCCGUCCGUCUUGACUUCACCGGCAUUUGUGCAAAAGUGUGUGUUCCUCGUAGCAUAUGCAGCAUCUACGAGAGACGAACGGAGCUUACUGCAAACUGAAGUCAAGGAACCAUCUGAUCAUGUAGAAGUCGAUGAUGCCUGCCUUGAUUUAACGAAGAAAGCGCUCGUUGAAGCCUCAGCGAUAUGCAAGUCUGACCACACCCUUGGAUAUAAUAUGAACCAGUCGGGAGUGGUGGACAAGCUAAUCUCGGUGAUGUCCGUGCCUGUUGUGUCAAUGGGCGUGUUACACUGGCUGGAAGUAAUCCUGACGUCGCCCGGGUUCUUCAGUAGCACGCCUUUGCACAUAUGCUUCCCCAGCUUACUCCGGAUACUAAAGGCAUCCAUUAAGCUCCACGUUGCACAAUGGCCAAUUUCCUUUAGUGUGCUUGUGACAUUGCUUCGGUUACAUCCUGAGAAUAAUCCGGUGAAGGCACUGGAGCUGAAGCGGGAAACCCUUCGGUGCAUGGUAUUCAUGAUUACGAGUGGUUACGUGCUGCCAGUGUUGGAGUUCGUGUAUGCCAACACGUUGGAACUCGACCAGGCAUUGCUCCGGAAUUUCAUUUCGAUGCUGUUCGCGCGAAUUGCGCCGCCGUUCUCGCCAAAGUUCUCGGCGGCGCUGACAAAAAUUUUGACGCACCCGAAAGUGCAGACUGCGAUAAAGUUAUGCCCAGUUGAGAGCAAGGCAAAGUUGCAGAGCUUUGUGGACUAUUGUAAGAAAAAUCCGAGCGUGCUGACGUCGGAGCAGUUGCAUUCACUGGCCGUCAUCCAGGAAGGACGGGACUAA